AUGAAUAAUAAUGACAUUAUAUAUUAAUAGUAAUAAGAACAAAAAGAGAAAAAACCUUCACUUUUAGAAUAAUUUUGUUCAUGCAUUUACUUUUUUAGAAAAAAGAAUGUCAGGGCUAAUGAAAAAUAUUAAUUAGGAAUUGAUACUCCAAAAUCUCAUGUAAGUUGAGUAAAAUUAAAUAUGAGACUAGAAAAAUCUGCGUUUUAGAUUUAGACGAAACUUUAGUGCAUAGUUAAUUUAAAGGAGAAAAUAGUUAUGAUUUUUUACUUGAUGUAAUAAUUAAAGAUAUUUUAGAUUUUUGUAUAAAGCCAAUUAUUCAAAGUAUUUGUUACAGUUAGACCAGGAGUUGAAGCCUUUGUGGAAUCCUUAAGUGAAUAUUUCGAUGUUGUAUUAUGGACUGCAAGUUUAAGAGAGUACGCAGAUCCAGUAAUAGAUAUUAUUGAUCCAUAAAAAAGGAUUUCAACAAGACUUUACAGAGAAAGUUGUACUAAUAUUAAAGGAGGACUAACAAAAAACUUGAAUAUAUUAGGAAGAAAUUUAAAAGAAGUUUUAAUAAUUGAUGUAUUGAAAUUUGAUUUUAUAAGAAUUCCUAAAUGUCAUUUCUUUUUUAACCAGAAAAUGGAUUUUUAAUCAAAGAUUUUAUUUCGGAUAAAAAUGAUAAAGAAUUGGAUUAAUUGCUGCCAUUUUUAAUUUGGCUUAGUUAAGUAAUUAGUUUUUCUUAUAAAGUAAUCUGAUGUUAGACCUGUGUCUAAAUUAUAUUAAUAAUUUAUACUAAACAAUUAAAUUUCGCAUAAAUUUUCAAAAAAAUAGAUUCUUUCCUAAUCUAUGGUUUUGAAUUAAAACGGUAUGUUAAAAUAAUUCGAAGUUUCAAGAACUCAUACUAUAAAUCAUUGUGAAUUUGAGGAAAUAAAUUUGAGAUAAGAGGCUGGUCUUAAUUCCCCUCAUGUAGAACCUAAAAUUUAAGUCUAGACAGAUGAUGAUAAUGAUGAAAGCAAAGAAACAUUUGAAAUCAGUAGUAAUUGUUGA